AUGAAGCCCUUUCCUCUGUCAUUGACAAAUGGCGCUCAGCUUUCAGGUAUAUUCUCGGUGCCGACCCGUGCGUCAAAAUCUCCCGACUAUCAACCCUUGGUGGUCGCAAUACACGGCGGGACGUAUUUUUCUAAGUACUUUGACGCCGGGACAGCCACGUCCGCCGCAAGGCUGGCAGAAACACUCGGGGUGCCUUUCGUAGCCAUUGACCGUCCAGGGUAUAAAGACAGCACAGGAUUUCCUCCGGUGCCUGACGGAUCGACGUUCCUCCAGGAAGAAGGCAAAUACCUUCACCGUCAUAUCCUUCCCAAGGUAUGGCAAGAAUUCGGGCUUAGCUCUGGAGCAACCGCCAUUGUCAUCCUGGCGCACUCCUUGGGAUCCCCAGGCUCUAUCGUGGCCUCUGCCCUCCACGCAAAUGACCCUCAACCUCAAUACCCACUCGGUGGGCUGAUCAUGUCCGGCUGGGGCACGGAACAUGGUCGUCCUCGUGAAAGUGCCAGGCACAUUAUUGAGAACGGGGUCGUCGACGGACGGAUUUUUUGGCCCUUGGAGGUGAAAGAUGGCCCCAUGUUUGGCGAUCCCAAGCUGGGAAGGGUGCCUCCCGAGAUCCGAGAGAUGGGGUCCGAUUUGAACACUUCCAUGUCCCUCGGAGAGUUUGAAGACGGCACGUUCCACUGGGCGGACUACUGGGCGGGUUAUGCAAAGGAGGUGAAGGUGCCGAUUAUGUAUGGGAUGGGCGAGCACGAUGCAUUAUGGAAGGCCUCGAGGGAGACGGUGCAGGACUUUGCGCGGCACUUUACAGGAAGCCCGAGGGUCGAGAGCGGCAUCGUUCUUGGUGCACCGCAUUGUAUCGAGCUGAGCUACUGGGGCCGCGGCUGGAUGAUGAGGUGCUUGGGGUUUGCGCAGGAGUGUGCAGCUGCCGAGGGAGGACACUCUCUUUGUAGCUUGGGGCCCAAUAAACGACAUCCUCGCGCCUCGACAACAGACCUCAAGGACCUGCUUCUGCCCAAACGCGGCUCUACGCCCAAGGACCAGGUCGCGCACUGGUACGAGGCGCAGCUGCUUCACUAUGGACUCCCACGGUCUCGAGACAAGAACACGGCCAAAGUGCGACUGACCAAUGCGCUCUCGGCCAAGACUCUGUCGGUGCCCAAGGAGAUUGUGCAGAUGGAGGCGGAGUUGAAGAAGGAGUUUGCCAGUGCGCUGAGGAGAGCGAAGGGCGCAGCAGCAGCAGCAAAGCCAGCGCGGGCCAAAGUCUCUGAGAAAGCCACGACGACUGCGAAAGAAAAGAAAGGCGCCGCCCGCUCAAAAACCACCAUCGAGCUGGAAAUCGAUGACGUGAAGCUCAAGAUUGACCGCGACACGCUCGAGGCGGCAAAGAAGUCGACCAAAUCCAAGAAGACUUCCAGCGCCUCCGCUGCCUCUGAUGCUCCAUCUGCCAAAAAGUCCAAAGGCGCCAAAACAUCAUCUUCCACUCCCAAGCCUGCAUCUGCGCCAAAAUCUCCCUCCAAACCCAAGGCUACAGCCUCAGCCUCAGCACCACGAAGUCGACAGACCGCCAGACGAAGCCAGCCUUUCCCUCGCAAUACCAGUGCCCGACCCAUCUCGAACCCUCCACAACACAUCUAUGACCACACCCCCGUCUCCUUCCACCAUGACGUCGAAAUGGAUGACGCCCCGCCGGCGUACGAGUCCCUGGGGUAUGACGAGCCCGACGACUCUCCAAACAGCUCUGCCGGCAUCCAAAUAUCAGGCACCUACCUAAUCCACCAAAAACCAUUUUAUCCCUUUGAUAUCACGCUCCAAGUCGACCACCGACAACAAAAACUCUGGGGGCGCUUUAACAUCGGUUCCAAAUCCGGGGUUCUCCACGCCGGCGAUAUCUCCCACGUCACUCCUUAUAACGCUGUCUCGUUCGGGUGGAGGUCGGAGGAUGAUGAUGACGGCGACAUGAAGUUUGGACGAGGUUGCGAUGGAUACCUGGAAUUCGACGGAGACGAGUGGAUGAAGGGGCGCUUCCGGGGCUUGAUAGAUGGAGAAGACGUGGACUUUCAAGGACAUUUGAUAGAAGAAGAUGGGCUGGAUGUCGCGGAAAUGAAGGAUAUCUGGGAUGAGUUUCCACGAAAGGCAUAUGGCAGACCUUGA